CGUGUUUGUUACAAGAUUUGCAAAGCAUGCUUUCAACUGUUGAGCAUGUCAUUUACUAUAGCGAUCGAUGUGUCGGUCAAAAUCUGAACAAAACAGUUUUUAGCAUGUUUUGCUACUACGUUGAACUGCAGGCCUCCAUUGGGAGAAAGCUUACUAUUGAACACAAGUUGAUGAAAACUGGGCACUCCCAUAUGGAGGUUGACACUGUUCAUGCGGCGAUUGAGAAAGCGAAACGAAGGACGACGGCUAAUAUUGAAAUACCGCAUGACUGGGCUUUAUUUAUUUCUGCGAUUACACGCUUCUUUGUGACCGGUACUCUAUGCCAAAAAAAGACACCGGAAGGAGAAAUGGUGAGAUUUAAAGACAUCAUGGUGUUUAGGUACAGCACUGACGCUCCAGGGAAAGUUUCUUACAAAUACGACCCAGGGCAAGACUUUUUCGAAACUGUUCAUCUUUUACAUCAAACGGCGAAGGUCGAGAAUAUUACGUUGCAUCCCCUGAACACUGAGCCACUGACUUUACCGGAUGCCAAACUCAACGACCUUCGGGGUCUUCUGCCAUAUAUAUGCAAGCAAGAUUAUUAUAAGACAUUCCUGAAAAAAUUGGUUCCUACCAAGAGGGGACGUAAAGCUAAGUCAAUUAAAGAAGAUAAUUUCGAAGACGAUAUGGACGCAGAAGUAGCAGAAGAAGAAAUCCCACUAGAUUGAUUUGCUUACUUUUU